AUGCGGCAAGGCGCUACUGCUCUUCAGAAAUGCACUGCAGCCAUAAGGAUGUUAGCAUAUGGAUGUGCAGCUGAUCAAAUUGAUGAGUAUCUUAAACUUGGUGCUACAACGUCGAAGGAGUAUCUUACCCACUUUGUUGAUGGUAUAAUUGCGCAAUUUUCAGCAGAGUAUCUUCGAAAGCCAAAUACUGAAGAUCUCCAACGUCUUCUUAAAGAAAGUAAAGACAGAGGAUUUCUAGGUAUGAUAGGAAGCAUCGAUUGCAUGCAUUGGGAAUGGAAAAAUUGUCCUACAGGAUGGAAAAGGAUGUAUCAAGGAAGAUCUAGAACAACAACUGUAAUCUUAGAAGCCGUUGCUUCUAGAGAUUUAUACUAA